AUGGGCUCCAUCAGCAAAAGGCUGGAUGACAUGCUCUCCACGCCUUUCUGUUCUCAUAUCAUUCAUUACGAGCCCCCAAGGGGAUUCCUCGUACCAAAAUUCUCCACAUACGAUGGGUCCAGCGACCCCUUCGACCAUAUCAUGCAUUAUCGACAGCUCAUGACUCUCGAUAUUGGCAACGACCCGCUACUGUGCAAAGUAUUCCCCGCCAGCUUACAAGGGCAGGCUCUCUCAUGGUUUCAUCGCCUACCUUCCAACUCUGUUGAUAAUUUCAGAGACUUAUCGGAAGCCUUCGUAGGACAAUACUUAUGCUCCGCUCGACAUAAGAAGAAUAUCAGCACCUUGCAAAACAUAAAAAUGAAGGAUAAUGAAUCCUUGAGGGAAUUCGUGAAGCGAUUUGGCCAGGCUGUUCUACAAGUGGAGGCUUGCAGCAUGGACGCUGUCCUACAGAUCUUCAAGCGAAGCAUCUGUCCAUGCACUCCAUUUUUUGAGUCACUAGCUAAGAAGCCUCCGAUGACGAUGGACGACUUGUUUCGACGUGCAAACAAAUACUUAAUGCUUGAAGACGACGUACGGGCAGCCACCCAGCAAGUGUUGGUUGCCGGACAGCCGUCCAAGGAUAGUAUAGAAAGAAGUGCCAAACUUCCGGACAGGCCAAGGCCAUCCGACCGAAGGCAAGAAGGGCCAAGUCGCCCGGAAAUGCCACCCCUCACACCUCUUUUCAUAACUUAUGAGAAGCUUCUCCCUAUGAUCCAAGGCAUGUCCGAUUUCAGGUGGCCUAGACCCCUCGAAUCAGACCCAUCCAGAAGGGAUCAUAACAAAAAAUACGCCUACCACAAAGAGCAUGGCCACACCACGGAGACAUGCAGAAGCCUCUAG